AUGUGUCCUGCUCUUCGCGUUCCGAUUAGGACUUUAUCCCGUUCAUCAUUAAGGCUCAUUUCGGCUAAGGCCCAGAGCGAUAUCUGUGAAGUCACACCCCAUUCAAUUUCAAAUAGCGAAAUGAGUUCUGAUGGUGAUAGCGUUGUGGUGCUUUCUCGCACACCCAGUCAAGAAAGCACUGACAGCAACGAGCUCUUAAAUCAAUCAAGAGAAUCGGUCUUGAACGAAUCUCGAAAUCAUAAACAGUCUUCAAGAGCACCGUCUGUAGCUUCCUCAUCGACUGAUCACUCGCAAGUCUUUUCGAAGUCUUGCCAAUGGGUCGGCUGUGAUAGUGGUGCUGAUAUUGGGCCUGGUGGGUUACUAUCCCACAUCCAAGAGGCUCAUGUUUUACCUCAGAUUUCCUUAAAAAAGUCCCGCUAUACUUGUUUAUGGAGUGGAUGCAAGGUCUAUGGGCAUCCCAGUGUCUCCUCUAACUGGUUGUCGCGCCACGUGCAGGAGCACUCAGAGGCCAAAGGAAAACCGUUCUCGUGUAUAUUUGAUAGAUGCUUCCAACGUUUUUCUUCCUCAAGUUUACUCCAGCGGCACAUCGAUCGUGAUCACAUGCGUUCGAAAGCGGGUGAUGUGGCUUCCGUAACCAAAGGACCGCCCUUCUCUCAAUCUCUACCCGGAUCUCCAGCUGGUGGAACUAGAAAUCGUGCUAACUUCAAAAAUUGCACUCGAAGAAUAUCAAGGAGGAAACGAAAAUUCCGAUUUUGUCGAAUCAGACACGUGGACUUCUACGACGCCAGGUCAAAGAUAAUAAUAAAGAACCGGAUUGUAUUAGAUAAGCUCCUCGCCGAACGUGCCAUCGAGAGCCUUAUUCGACCGCCUUCACCCUCCGCCUCGAACGAUAUCCCUCUCUCCACCCACGUGGCCCUACCAGGGCCUAUCAGGAGCGACAAUCGUGAGUCGAGCUCCCCCGAAAAGCGCAUUUUGCGAUCCACAAUUGCGACUGUCUCGGGUGACGCUUCCGCAUCAUCCCCUCGACCUGCAAGCAGGCCCGAGUGCUAUCGCGUUAAACUCCUCCUCACUAUUCCUCACACCUUUGUUGGCCAAAGAUUGACUCGGGAAAACAAGACCGAAUACCUCGUGAAAUGGCAAGGCGAUCUAUGUACGAACAUACCACCAGUGAUGUGGGUCCUCGAAGAGGAGGUUCGUGCAGCGGCCGCGUUGGACAAGCUCUGA